AAUCUCUCUUGACGCUGCGCCCAAAAGCUUCCGGUGCUCGAUUUGCGACUGACGCAGUGCGUGCGUGUGACACUUGACCGGCGCAUGACCUCCCUUCCUGCUGCCCAAUCAAGAUCGAGGAGCACAGACCAACUCGCCAGAUCGUGAGAGCGUCCCCCCUUUAGGCGAGAAGGCUACAUGUAUAUAAAGCCUAGAGAUGAAGCACUUCGUGCCCGCCGUGCAGCCAUAUCGUCUCUCGAGACUCUCUAGCAUACGCAUACAACACCCUACCUAGACGCCCCACUCUCUGUCAUCACCAUGGGUCUCAAGACUGACAAGGUCUCUUUCCUCCUCAAUUGGAAGGCAACGCCUUAUCACAUCGCCGUAUUUCUGGCGCAAAAGCAGGGACUCUUCCAGAAAGAGGGCAUCGAGGUUGCCAUCCUCGAGCCCAAUGACCCCAGCGAUGUUACCGAUAUGAUUGGAUCCGGCAACGUCGACCUUGGCGCCAAGGCCAUGAUCCACUCCAUCGCUGCCAAGGCAAAGGGUUACGAUGUCACCGCCAUCGGCUCAUUGAUGCAGGAGCCUUUCACUGGUGUCAUUUACCUCAAGGGCUCCGGCAUCGAUGGUACCUUCCAAAGCUUGAAGGGCAAGCGCGUCGGCUACGUCGGUCACUUCGGCAAGAUCCAGCUUGACGAGUUGACUGGCCACUUUGGCAUGUCCCCGGACGACUACACGGCGGUUCGCACAGGUAUGCACAUGGUUGACGCCAUCAAGCGUGGUGAAAUCGAUGCCGGUAUUGGCAUCGAGAGCGUGAACCAGGUCGAGCUGGAGGAGUGGCUGAAGGAGCAGGGCAGAGACCCGACUGACGUUCAGAUGAUGCGCAUUGACACUUUGGCUGAGCUUGGGUGCUGCUGCUUCUGCUCCAUCCUCAUCCUCGCCAAUGACGAAUUCCUAGCGCGCGCUCCGGAGAAAGCGAGAGCGUUCUUGCGGGCCGUCAAGGGUGCCAGCGACCAAUUAUUCGCCAACCCUCAAAAGGCUUGGGAAGAGUACAAGAGGUUCAAACCAGAGAUGAACACUGCUCUGAACGAGAGAAUCUUUGAGCGAUGCUUCGUCUACAUGUCUACGGACGCUGCCAAUGUGCCGCGUGACUGGACCAAGGUCACCAAUUACUCCAAGAGACUCGGCAUUGUUCCCCAGGACUUUAAGCCAAACUACACCAACGACUUCCUCAGCUGGACCCCUGACGACCCUCAGGAUGAGAGAGCCGAGGAGAAGCAGCUGGAGAUUGCCCAGAUUCAAAAGGACCUCGCUGCCGCCUCUUGA